UGUCGACAUUUUGACAAGCAACAGGUAAAUUAAUCAAUAUGUUAUAUAUUGGUUGCCAUGGACUGCCAUACACACAACAAAUAUGGAGCCACUUUAUCAGGCGUUAAGUUGCUAUCGUCGACGAAAUUUCGAUAAAUGCGUCGAAAUAUGUACGGACAUUUUAGAAAAUCAACCAUUGGACCAAGCGACCUGGUGUUUAAAAAUGCGAGCCCUUACAAAACGAAUUUACAUUGACGACAUAGAAAAUGAAGAAAUCGUCGUUGGCGAUGCACUUGAUGAUGACACCGUCGCUUCAGCACCAAGACCCGGUACCUCAAUGAAAUUGGAAGCUGCGUUAACAGCCCGACCUCGCACUUCCACCGGGCGACCAAUUACAGGUGUCAACAGACCUGGUACCCAAAUGCGACCGGGAACUUCAAUAGAACGACUAAAAACGUCUCGUCCACUAACUGGCCAAUCAGUUAGAGCCAUACGUCUUGGUACCGCCGCAAUGUACAGUCACAGAGAUGGGCCGUUUAUUCAAGUAUCAAGAUUAAAUUUAGUGAAAUACGCAAAAGAUCCUUGUCUAUCAAAACCCUUGUUCGAGUACCUAUUUUAUCACGAAGGCGAUGUGAGAAACUCGAUGGAGUUAGCUGUGCAAGCAACGCAAGCCAAUCACUUUGAAGAUUGGUGGUGGAAGGUGCAGUUGGCGAAAUGUUACAAUGCGUUAAAUUUGGUAAGGGAUGGAGAGCAACAACUGAGAAGUGCAUUGAGGCAACACACUCAUAUUGACACUUUCAUGAGAUUGAUCAGAGUUUACUUGAGAUUAGAUCAACCGUUGUCAGCUUUGGAGAUUUGUAAAACUGUAUUGACUAUAUUUCCUAACGAUGUCUCGAUUUCAACGGAAGUAGCUCGUUUGUACGAGAGCUUAGGAGAUGUACUGAUGUCUGUGAAGUACUAUCGCAACAUUGUCACAGAAGACUCAAUGAAUACAGAAGCAAUUGCAUGCAUUGGAGUGUACCACUUUUACAAUAACCAACCAGAAUUUGCUCUUCGACAUUAUCGACGAGUACUUGCAAUGGGCGUCCAUUCGGCGGAAUUAUACAACAACCUAGGACUUUGUUGUCUAUACUCCCAACAGCUGGAUUUAACCAUGGCAUGUUUUCAGAGAGCACUAGAUUUGGCCAUUGAUCCUCUAAUUAAAGCCGAAAUCUGGUACAACUUGUCUCACGUCGCCAUUGCAGCCGGCGAUGUGGAAUUGGCCAUGCAAUGCUUAAGCAUAUGCUUGAUCAUGGACUCAACACACGCGCCCGCAUUUAAUAACAUUGCUAUCUUGCAAUACAAAGUGGGACGUACAAAUUUAGCAAAAGCGUACCUCAACACCGCCAAAAAUUUGCAACCGUCCCUGCUCGAGCCUCAGAAAAACCUAGAAUAUUUGCAAAAUAGGUACUUGAACAAAUUUGAAGAAUAAAGGUUUUAUAUCAGUGUGACUUCAUGCGUGAAUUAAAAAAUAAGGGACAUUGAUGUCAAUUGUUUUACUUUUGAUUUGUUUUUAU